AUUGACCCAACCAACAUCCAAAGACAAGUCAAUAAGCCCCAUUUUGUCUUCCCCUCCCCCCAGCUAACCUGUCAAGCAAGCACAUUUUGCAGAGAGUAGCUCACAUAGAAGAACAUACACAUCUACACACGCACACGCACCAUGGAGAGAGAUCUUGGCAUCAAAGAGGAAUUGAUCGAGAAAGCCUUGUCUGUAUCUAUCCAUGCUCAUCAGAGCCCAGAUCAGUGUCUCGUCGAAAGGGAGACUCCCGAUUGCCCGUCGCAGGUCGUCGUGGCCUUCCGCGGAUCAUGGUCUCCGAAUGACUGGUUCGCCGGAGACGGCAAAGCCAAGCCUUUCGGAGAGACCAAGGUCGACACUAAAAUGUUCCCAUCUCUCAAGGGCAUCGGCAAUAAAGUGGUCGCCACGGUCAACGCGGCAUUCAUGGCAAGAUUCCUACGUAUUCUGGACCAUGAAAGUGGAAAGUUCCGCGAGGAGGUGACAAAGGCGGUGGACAAGAAUAAGCAAAUAAUAUUUGCAGGCCAUUCAUCGGGCGGUCCAAUUGCAAUAUGCGCGACCGUUUGGUUCCUUGAGGAGUACGUAAGAUCAAAUAAGAAGCAGACUCCUCCCCGUCCUCUCUGUUUGACAUUCGGAUCCCCACUGACCACCGACCGCACCUUUUGCCAUGCCGUCCAGCGUGAGGGUUGGUCCGAUUGCUUUGUCCACUUUGUUACGAAACUCGACAUCGUUCCCAGGAUUUUACUGUCUCCUCGCUCUUCCGCAACAGAGUUGCUACAAGAAAUUCCCCCAUUCUCCAACCAACAGCACAAUGCCGAUGAAGCAAAAUUGGCUUCCUUAUUUGUGAAUGUGAUGAAGAAUGCAUCAGGUGUUGCAAGCCAUGCAGCAUGCGUACUAACAGGAAGCAAACAUACUUUAUUCGACACCAUGUCUAGAUUCAUCAAGUUAAGCCCUUACAGACCGUGCGGGAAGUAUGUCUUCUGCACUGAGACUGGCAGGUUGGUGGUCGUGAAGAACCCGGAUGCGGUUCUUCAACUAUUGUUUUACUCUUUACAGAUCGCGUCCGAAAUAGAGCUUAAGAAUAGAGCAAAGGAAAGCUUAAAGGCACAUUGGACAUAUGAAGAGGCGUUAGCUAAAAGCUUGGCCGCACACAACGUAGUUUGUUUGAAGAACCUCCGAGAAUUACCUCUCAGCUCAGAUGACAGUGUAGAUAGUAAUGUCAAGACGGUUGGUGCUGCAUUGAAUGACCUUAACCUGAGCGCAACGGCUAGACUGUGCCUUCGUGCCGCUGGAGAGUUGGAGAAGCAGAAAGAGGACAACAAGAAAACGAUCGAACGUAAGAAGGACGCCAUAAACAAAGCCCUCAAAGCAUUAGAAGAGUAUCGGACCACGAGCGAGAAUGACGGCGUGGGAUAUUAUGAUGCUUUCAAGACGCAAAAGAAGGAAGAAGACUUCAAGGCUAACGUAAAGAGACUUGAACUGGCAGCUAUUUGGGACGAGAUUAUCGAAAUGCUAAAACAGGAGCAGCUCCCCGAUGAAUUUGAGGCAGAUAAAGAAUGGGUGGAGCUCGGCACGUGCUUGCGCCGACUUGUGGAGCCAAUAGACAUAGCCAACUACUAUCGACACAUGAGGAAUGAAGACGCAGGUCCUUACAUGACGAAAGGAAGGCCGAGUAGGUACCACUAUCCGCAAAGAUGGCGAGAACAUGCUAAGCAGUUGGAUGCAGAUUCAAGUGGUGAAUCCUGCUUUUGGGCCGACGUGGAGGAGCUCAACAUCGCAGUUACCAACAAGAAACCAUGGACCGAAAUAAAGGACAGGGUUUCGGAUUUGGAGAAGAAACUGAAAAAAUGGUACGAUGACGAGGAGGUGAAGAAAGACGUGUUCUUAGUGAAGGGCACACUCGUCAAGUGGUGGCGCUCUCUCCCGGACAACCAUCGGGAAAAUUCCUGCAUCAAAGGACUCAUGCCAAGCUGAAAAUUCCUUACUGCUGCAAAUUUGCUUGAGAAGCCAGACCCAGUGACUGGCUGGCAUCAUUCUAAGAGUUGUCAUUCCCCUUUUCAGUUGAUUUUCUCUGUAAAAUUAAUGUCGUCAAUGGAAUAAACUG